AUAAGCAUGUAUAUAUCUAAAAACAAAGAAGGCAGAAUGUGUAAUAAUAAUAAAAACUUAGAGAGCUGGUUUAAGUUUAAUUUAGGAAUAAACCCAAUUGAGACAUUUUUAUGAAUUUUUUUCAACUUUGAAUAAUAGUCUAUGAGUUAGACGGCCGACCAACAACAACAACUUUUUCAUCUUCUUCUUCUUCUAUUUCUCUGUGUAUUUUCAGCGUUUUGUAUCAACAAAAACGGCAUGAAGUUUUUUUUUCUUCUCUUCCCCAUUUAAGUGCUGUUAACAGAACCGAUCUCUCUGUUUCUUUACUCUGUUUCUGUUUUCAGAGGAAGGAGAAGGGAAAGCAAAAAACUUUGGCAAUGCUUUUUCUUGAAGAACCUUUGAUGAUUGAAGAAUCUUCUAUACAAUCUACACACGUCCUCACUUUACCAAUUUGAUUUCUUGGUUCGUCUCAUAUUUUUUUUUCUUCAAUCUGAUCGCAAGAACAUUGGAAAAAAAAAAGAGUCAACGAGAGGGCCAAAAUUUUCUAGGUGAAGAGAGAAUUUGUGAGGGUUUUAUACAUAGUUUGAGGAAAUGGCGACAUUAGCAGAUAUUGGAGUAGCAGCAGCAAUUAAUAUUCUAAGUGCUUUGAUAUUUCUAUUGCUAUUUGCAAUCUUGAGGAUCCAACCAUUCAAUGAUAGGGUUUAUUUCCCUAAAUGGUACCUAAAAGGUGUUAGAAGCAGCCCGGUGAAUUCGGGUGCUUUCGUGAGCAAGAUUAUGAAUUUGGACUUUCGAUCAUACGUUCGGUUUUUAAAUUGGAUGCCCGCCGCUUUGAAGAUGCCAGAGCCUGAACUUAUUGAUCAUGCUGGUUUGGAUUCUGCUGUUUACUUGAGGAUUUACUUGAUAGGGCUUAAGAUCUUUGUCCCGAUCGCAUUACUUUCAUGGUCGAUACUAGUACCUGUCAAUUGGACCAGUGAUGGAUUGCAGCUAGCAAAACUUCGUAAUGUGACAUCAAGUAAUAUCGAUAAGCUUUCGAUUUCAAAUGUCGAACGUGGAUCAGACAGGUUUUGGGCACAUCUUGUGAUGGCUUAUGCAUUCACAUUUUGGACUUGCUAUGUUCUAAUGAAGGAAUAUGAGAAAAUUGCUGCAAUGCGGUUAUCUUUUCUCCAAUCCGAGAAGCGACGCGCUGAUCAAUUCACUGUUCUGGUUAGGAACGUACCACCGGACUCAGACGAGUCAAUUAGGGAAAACGUGCAGCAUUUCUUUCUUGUUAACCACCCGGACCAUUAUCUUACACAUCAGGUGGUGUACAAUGCAAAUGAAUUGGCUAAACUGGUAGAAGAGAAGAAGAAAAUGCAGAAUUGGUUAGAUUACUACCAAUUGAAGUAUACAAGAAACAAGGAACAAAGGCCACGGGUAAAGUUGGGAUUUCUCGGGCUAUGGGGAAAGAAAGUAGAUGCAAUGGAUCAUUAUACAGCUGAGAUCGAGAAACUAAGCGAGCAAAUAAUGGAAGAAAGGAAGAGAAUAAAGAAAGAUGACAAAAGUGUAAUGCCAGCAGCUUUCGUGUCUUUUAAAACGCGUUGGGGCGCUGCGGUCUGCGCACAGACACAACAGACGAAGAAUCCAACUGAAUGGUUAACGGAAUGGGCUCCCGAGGCAAGAGAAAUGUACUGGGAAAAUCUCGCAAUGCCUUACGUAUCUCUCACUGUAAGGAGAUUUGUAAUGCACAUUGCCUUCUUCUUCCUCACAUUCUUUUUCAUCAUCCCAAUCGCGUUUGUGCAAUCCUUAGCGAGUAUUGAAGGUAUCCAGAAAUCCGCUCCGUUCCUCAGUCCCAUUGUCGAAAAGAAGUUUAUGAAAUCAUUGAUCCAAGGUUUUCUUCCCGGUAUUGUUUUGAAGCUCUUUUUGAUAUUUCUACCAACAAUUUUGAUGAUCAUGUCGAAAUUCGAAGGGUUUAUUUCAAUAUCAUCGUUAGAGAGAAGAGCGGCUUUUCGAUACUAUAUUUUCAACCUUGUGAAUGUUUUCCUCGGUAGCAUUAUCACUGGAUCUGCAUUUGAACAGCUCGAUUCUUUUCUUAAACAAUCCGCAAACGACAUUCCGCGGACAGUUGGAGUAGCGAUACCGAUAAAAGCAACCUUCUUUAUAACAUAUAUAAUGGUAGACGGUUGGGCGGGUGUGGCCGGAGAGAUUUUUAGGCUGAAACCAUUAGUCAUUUUCCAUUUAAAGAACUUCUUCUUUGUGAAAACUGAAAAGGAUAGAGAAGAAGCUAUGGAUCCGGGACAGAUCGAUUUCUACGCUACAGAGCCUCGGAUUCAACUAUACUUCCUCCUUGGCCUUGUCUACGCUCCGGUCACGCCUGUUCUACUUCCUUUCAUCAUCUUCUUCUUCGGUUUCGCCUACCUCGUCUUCCGUCAUCAGAUCAUAAAUGUGUACGAUCAGAAGUAUGAGAGCGCGGCUGCAUUCUGGCCUGACGUUCAUGGACGUAUAAUAUCGGCAUUGAUCAUCUCACAAAUUCUUUUGUUAGGAUUAAUGAGCACGAAAGGAAAAGUUCAGUCCACGCCUUUCCUCCUCGUUCUAGCGAUUGUCACCUUCGGUUUUCAUCGGUUUUGCAAAGGCCGGUACGAGUCCGCAUUCGUCAUUAACCCUUUGCAGGAAGCUAUGAUUAAGGAUACAUUGGAAAGAGCAAAAGAACCAAACUUAAAUCUUAAAGGGUUUCUUCAAAAUGCAUAUAUUCAUCCGGUUUUCAAAGACGAAGAAGAUGAAGAUGAAGAGGGACUAAUCGAGGAUUCAGAUGAUGAAGAUUGUGUAGUUGUACCAACCACACGUCAAAGAUCCCGGAGAACCACUGUGGCGAGCAGCAAUGCGAGCCGUGGCUCGUCACAAUCACCGCCUUUUAAUCAACUUGAUACGGGUAAGGGAAAACCGGAGCCUUGAUGGUCCAUGAGUAAAUAAGUGAAAUGGUUUUUUUUUUUUUGUUACGUGUUGUGAAAGGUUUUGUAUAUUUGUAUGAUUGAUUAUCAUUGUUUUGUUUGAGCUUGUUGUAAAAAAAGAGGUGAUUAAAUGCAAAUUUCAUAUUGCUUCGUUUUUUUGUUACAUCGGUUUUGUAAUUGUUGUUUCUGGAA